GAGCCAGAGCCCGUGUACUUGGCAGUGAAUGAACUUCCAGUGAAACUGCGAUUCUCCAAGAAAUACCUCCUUACCUGCUAUUUGUACUUUCACCCAGAGAAACCUAGUAUGCUUCAGUUCUUGUUUCCCCUUAUGGAAACUUUGAAGAAAUUGUUGACUUUGUUUAAUAACAUUAUUCAAUUUUGAAUUGGCCUGCAAAGGAAAGGUUCGCCGUCAAUUUAGAGGGAAACUGUCAGAGAAUAUAAGCAAGUGACUAGUGAAUGAUCACUUGCUGGAAAUCUUAAUUUGUUUCACAGGGUAUUGAAAAAAAAAAGUAUACAAAGGACCUUUAGAGUUUAUUCUUGUCAGUGCGAUAUUAAGGCCAAUGUUUAUAUUCAUUGAAGACAAAAUGUAUGGUGAUCAUUAUGACAUAACUAAUUUCACCUGGUGGUUAAUAUUAAUUUCAUAUGGAUCCUAUUUAAUAAGAAAGUAUUGAAGUAUGAACGAAGGGAAUCUUAUACAAUGAAGACUUUUCCCACAGGAUUGAAAGCCAAAGGAGAAAUGGUGAUAAGGUGCCAUCUUCUUGCUGUGACCCUUGAUCUUCCUGCUAGGGCCAUGGUAAUGAACAUGAAGCAGUUUAAUGGCAAAUUUGGUUGUUGCUAUUGUGAAGACGAGGGAGUAAAUCCAGCAAAUCGUCCAAUGCUUAGAUACUAUCCAUACACGGCUACUUCUGUGCCUCGACUUAAUGAGGGAAUGAUCAAUGAUGCAAGAAAAGCUGCAACUACUGGAGAACCUGUAAAAGGAAUCAAAGGAGCCUGUCCUGUAGUUGUGCUGAAAUAUGUUGAUUUGCCGAAGACAUUUGUGAUUGAUUGGAUGCACUCUGUACUCCUAGGUGUAGUCAAAACCCUUCUGAGUAUGUGGUGUGAUGCAUCCUACAAAAAGGAAUCUUUCUAUGUCGGAGAUAAAAUGGCAUUGGUAAAUUCCAGACUGCAAAGAAUCCAAGUUCCAGAUUACAUUGUAAGACAACAGAGAAAUAUAGAUGAUCAUAAGCACUGGAAAGGUAACUACUGCUAUUAACAUAGGUAGAAUGAUGUGAAAUCAUUUGAAUAUAUCGUUGUUCCGAUAUGAUUCAUUGAUUUUUACAUGGACAAAAUGUCUUAAUGUCAG